AAAAUUAUUUCAUUCACCAAUCAUCAUGGAAAUAAUCGAUGAUUAUAGUGAUUAUUAUCAUGAUGAAAUUUUUAUUGCCGAACUUAAUCCAAACGCUUCACCAAUAUGGUAUGAUAAAAUAUGGCAACGAAUCGAUUAUCUGAUCGAUAUUGUACGUUAUUCAUCGAAAAUAACUACAUUCAUUCUAACCAUAGUGUUUAUAUUCUAUACUUAUACAUUUUUAACACGUAAAUUUCCACAAAUUAAAUGUUCUUUAUUGUUUCGUUGUAAUUUUCUGAGUAUGAAACGAAUAUUGGAUAAAUAUGAAAAAUUAUGUCAACCAGGCCGUUAUCAAUUGAAAGGUGGAAAUGGUGGCCUACCAAUCAAUGUAGAAUAUGAACCAAAUGAUGAUGAACAGGAUCUGAUACGAAAAAUUCGUUAUAAACUUAAAUUUGAACAGGAAGAAGAAGAAGAAGAAGGAGAUGGACGAGAAGAAGGAAAAGACAAAGAAAAAGAAGAUGGACAGGCAACAGAAAUGCCGGGUAUUGGUGGUAAAUUGGCCAAGAAAUUCAAUGUGAAUGCUAAGCAAAAAAAACUUUUUGGUAAUGUGGUCAAAAAAUUUUCCCCAAUAACUUGA